CAUGAGACCGUUUAUUGUCUUGUGUACAGAUAUGUGAUUUUUAAGACCAUAUUUUUAGAGUUGGGUUUUUUCACUCAAGACUUAACUUUGUAAUAAUGAAGUUAUAUAGAGAAUUGACUUUGCCCUUAGGCCCUUGUAUAUUUCAUAUACAAACAUAUUAAAAUUUCAUCUCUUUACUAGAUUGAGUACCCUUACUUUAACGACAGAUACUACUCACUUUCAUUGUUUUCAACACAAACUUGAAAACACAUGGAAGGAGGUUAAAGAGAAGAAGCUUACAGUGGGGCUUCUGUCUUAGCUCGGGCUGCUAUAACAAAUACCACGGACGGAUGGCUUAAUCAACAGACACCUAUUGCUCGCAGUUCUGGAACUGGAAAGUCCAAGAUCAAGGUGAAGAUGGGUUCCUGGAGAGGACUCUCUUUCUGGUUUGUAGGUAGCUGCCUUCCUACUGGGUCCUCCCCUGGCCUUUCCGAGGUGAAUGCUUGUGGAGAGAGAGAGAGGGAUCUUUGUUUUCCCCUCUUGUAAGAAUGCCCCCUUCGUGACCUCAUCUAAACCUGAUGACCUCAGAAAGGCCACACCUCCAAAUACCAUUACCUUGGGGCUUAGGGCUUCAUUCUCCCAAAUGUGGUGGUGGGGCACGAACAUUCAGUCCACAACCGGUUCUUUCAGCCACAUCGGGCACUGCUCGUUCUCACAGCCUCUCGGUUUUUACAAAGUUCCCUGCCAUGUGGACACACGGCACAGGUGGCUCUAAGAUGUUUCCAGUUCCUUACAGAACAAAGACUAAACACCGACUUACAGAGCUUGAAAGCAAAGCUUGUUCACACAGCCCUCCGCUCCGACUGGAGCCACUGUUCAGUGUCUGCAUCUUGUAGACCCUGUUCUUUAGCCUGAAAGGGUGGUGUCUGCACAACUGCUGCACUGAGAACAACUGUUUUCCCUUAUCUCCCUGCCCUUACCCCCAUCCCUCCCUUUAUCUGUAAGUAAACUUAAAAAAGGGGAAAACGACACGUGUGAGCACAGUAAUUUCCAGAACAAACCCAGAAAUACCUUCCUGAUCGCUAUGCAAGGUUUUGUACACAGGAGCAUGUUUGGUAAGGCUGAGUGGAGAACAAAAGCAUUAUUGUCAGAAAUGCAAGGCUAGAACCAUUGGACACGCAGAACAGUUUAAAAUAUUGUCAUGGGACCAGGGAAUUUUAUGCUGGCAUGAAUUCACAGAUUUUCAAUAAAAAAAAUUUUGUUUUUCAGGAUUUAAUGUUGAUAAUGUCACUUGUUCCGUUAUUCCCACAUGGGCUCCCAAGUGUUAGGCUGGGAACUUAUUCUCUCUCACUCUGCAGUGAACUGUCUCUGUUCAUGCACCUAAACCCAGGUCUCUAGUCUUCAUUCCAGCUUCAGAACAGUGAUGAAAGAAUUGGCAAUGGUUUUAUUUUUUUGUUAAUUUUGUUUUUGUUUGUUUUUUAAAUAUACCUUUAUUGAUUUCACAGAGGAAGGGAGAGGGAAAGAGAGAAACAUCAAUGAUGAGAGAGAAUCAUAGAUCGGCUGCCUCCUGCACACCCCCCACUGGGGAUGGAGCCCGCAACCCAGGCAUGUACCCCGACCAAGAGCCAAUGUAUUUUUUCAAAUUAAAGUUCAUUGUUUAGAGAGAGAGAAAAAGGGAGGCAGGGAGAGAGAAACAUGGAUUUGUUGUUUUACUUAUUUAUGAAUUCAUUGGUGGAUUCUUGUAUGUGCCCUGACCGGGGAUCAAACCUACAACCUUGGCGUAUCAUGAGGAUGCUCUAACCAUCUGACUACCAGCCAAGGCAGAAAUUGACAAUGUUGAUAAGAUAUCACUCUGUAUUGGUUUUGCACUGUUAAUAGCUGAAUGCUUUAACAAGUUAAUCAGUCCCACUUGAUUAACAAAUAUGUUAAAAGCCGGAACUGUGGUUCCAAGUGCUCCAAAGUAAAUAGGGCAAGUAUUGUUGGCUCGAAUAUUUCCUUCUUACAAUAAAUCAAGAGUUCAAAGAAGCUACAGAAUUAAGAGGUGCACUUUUCACGUGUAAUUCAGUUCAACAAACAUUUCGUGUUAAAAUUCCUUUAACUUCCUUCUUGAUACAGUGAGUCCUUUAUAGCCGAGGGAGUGUGGGCCCAAACCUUGAAGUUUUCCCGGUUGAGUUUAUCAGAGGUUAUCCGUGGGGCUGGGGGGUUGGGGGAAGUCUCAGCUCUGAUUCCAAGGUUUUCCCCUCUGUACCGACUUUUCUUCAGACUAGCUCCGAACAUCCAAAGAAGAGUAUUGUAAAAUAAAGACAAUACUGGGAUAAUAUUGAAUGUAAAAAAACCCACUGGAUUCAGAGGUUUUGCCCUCAUCCUGGGUGGGGCUACAUCCCUCCACCGUUGCUAAGGCCUCAUCAGUCAGUAGCAGUUUCCCAGGCUCCACAGUCCACUGCAUUGACCAGCUCUGGCUCACAUUGGGGUGGAGGAAGCAGGAAUGCUCACAGGAGGCCAAAGCUUUUAGGAAAGGAGUCGACAUCGGGAUGCAUAUGUGGCUUUCAUCAGCGUAUCCAGACUCACCCAUGGCACAUCUCACUCGGAUCUCUCCCUGGGAUUGCUUGGCUGGUCGGAGCAAGCCUGCCAUUGUGUGGGGCAGACAUUUGGAGGAAUUUUGAACAGAGUUCUUGUCAUGGAGCAUCAAAAAGAGCAGGGACAUUCCUUCGGACAGGGAAUAUGUAGGGGCUGUGCGUCAGUGGCACUCAGGGCAAAGGGACUGGUGCAGGGUAUGGCCCCAAGGUCCCCAAAGCCCAUCCUGGGACCUCUAGGGACCUGUGGAGUCCAGGUUAGGAGCUGCUGCUGUGGCAUCUACCCACACAAAGUCCGUGUGAUACAGGCCAGAUAAGGCAGAAAGGGGAGCGGAAGGAAGGGAAGGCAGUUCUGUUCCCACCAGAGGGAAGGCUAAAGGGAUGAUCUGGGGGCCCUGGGAGUUCCUGGCAGAGUGGCUCAGGUGACGGGAGGCCUCUGCAGAAACACUCAGGAAGGACAUCAGGUUCACACCAGAGCACCCAGGGGGAACUGUGGCUACCUGCUCAUGGCUGAGAGAAGGCUCUGAGUUAAAGAUAGGCGACUCCCUGAAUGAGGAUGGUUUCACUGAGGAUAACUACCUACUCAUGCCAGGAGCACUGGGGCACAGACCACAGGAGAGCGACACUAUCUUUGGAGAUGUGGGGGUUGCCACGUCGGUGGAGGGUGAUGAACCUGACCUUGUGAGGCUUGGAGGAAGCUAUACCUCACAAGGGAGGCCUCAGGGCAAAGGAUCCUUCCUGAAGCCACUGUAACUGAAAUUGGCUAAUAAAUUCUGGUUCCAAAUCAUCAGGACCUUGGAUUCCCGGGGCUGUCCACUGCUUAUUGGUGGUGAUGGACUUUCUUUUCUUUUACUCAAACCUGUGUUUGCAAAGUUUGGCCCAAAUUACAGGGUCGUCUGAUGAUAAAACUUUCCCAAGGCUCUGCUCAUGAUUUGGAUGGAAACUAAACUGCUUAGGUGCAAUAUCUUUUAGCUUCAGGGUUAUAUUCAACUUUCUCCAGAUGAAGUCGUCACCCUAUCACCCCCUCCCCUUGAUAAAUCCACAAAUAGGCAGGAUUAGUGUGUGGAUCACCUGAAAAAUUGUGCGAAGACGUUACUGUCCCCAAGUCUCUGUGUUUGGGGGAACUUACUAAAGGGAGGAGCUUUCUGAGAACUCAUGUUUAGUGUUAAUCUUCGGCCAAUGAUUUACUUCCCUCAGUAGUUGAGUUGGAAGAUUAGGUGGUGAUUUAUCAAAGAGUAUAGCAGGAAAAACUUGUGGUCAUUGCUAAGACUUCAGACAGUGGCUAACGGCAAGUUUCAGGCCAGAAGGAGCGUCCAGAAGGGAGACGUGGACAUGCUGAAGGAGCUCCAGCUCUCCCUGUUGGUCGUCCUGCUGCUCUCCUGUGGCUUCCUCUACCAGCUCACCCUGAAGCCCAGCUGCCUCUUCUCCUGCCUGCCCCCCCACAAGUCCCAGCAGGGGCCGGAAGCCCUUCUGGGCAAGGGACGCAGCAUUGUGUUCCUAGAGACCUCUGAGAGGACGGAGCCGUCCCCGCUGGUCUCCUGCGCUGUGGAGUCCGCUGCCAAGGUUUAUCCCGAGCAGCCGGUGGUGUUCUUCAUGAAGGGUCUCAGCAGCUCCAUGCAGCUGCCCCCAAACUCCACGUACCCAGCCUUUUCCCUCCUCUCAGCAAUAGACAACGUUUUCCUCAUCCCUUUGGAUAUGAAAAGCCUGUUUGAAGACACUCCGUUGUCUUCAUGGUAUACUCAAAUCAACGCCAGUGCAGAGAGAAACUGGCUCCACGUCAGCUCAGAUGCGUCCCGCCUGGCCAUCAUCUGGAAGUACGGGGGCGUCUACAUGGACACGGAUAUCAUCUCCCUCAGGCCCAUCCCUGCCGAGAACUUUCUGGCCGCGCAGGCUUCCCGGUACUCCAGUAACGGGGUGUUCGGGUUCCUCCCCCGCCACGCCUUCCUGUGGCAGUGCAUGGAGAACUUCGUGGAGCACUACAACUCAUACAUCUGGGGCAACCAGGGUCCCGACCUGAUGACGAGGAUGCUGAGAGUGUGGUGCAAGCUGGAGGACUUCCAGGAGUUGAGCGACCUGCGGUGUUUGAACGUGUCCUUUCUGCACCCCCAAAGGUUUUACCCCAUCUCCUACCCUGAGUGGAGGCGCUACUAUGAAGUGUGGAGCCCAGAGCCGAGCUUCAAUGACUCCUACGCCCUGCACCUCUGGAACUACAUGAACCAGGAAGGGAAGGGUGUGGUGAGAGGCAGCAAUACGCUGGUGGAAAACCUCUACCGCAAGCACUGUCCCAGGACUUACAGGGACCUGAUUCGAGGCCCGGAGGGGUUGGUGGCUGGGGAGUCGGGCACAGGAAACAAAUAGAGCCAAGUUUGUUGCUGCCACAUCGUGGAACUAGAUACACGCUUCUCCGGGGGCCUCGCUGCCCCCUGACCUCCACUUUCCCCAGGGGCUCAGUGAUCUAGUCCUCUACCCACCCUCGGUAUCCUCUGGACCUGGGACAGAGCCUGGCACACGGUGGGCACUCAGGAACUCUUGGCUGUAUUGAAUGUUGAACUCUGCCCCGCUAAGGGAAGGAGGUGCGGGUUACAUGCAUGGCAGGUCUUGGUCAGCUGAGGAUGCAGUCCUUUGCGUUUAGCCUUACCGGCAGAGUAGACCAGGGUGCAUGUCAAGUCCACUUUCUCACAACAGCCGUGCAAAAGAGGGUGACCCAUUUGCACAGGGGGAAAUCGAGGCUGGUGGAAGUGGCAGUCACAAACAGCUACCCUCAGAGCUUUCUUCUACACACGCCAGGGACCCAUGGGGACAGAGCUGCGAGGCAAAUGCUCUCAGCCCCAGAUUUCACACUGGGCUGCACUCAGAGGACGCGCACCCACUGCCAGGCCCCAGGCUGAGCCUAGAGAUGCUUUAGCUAAGUUGUGUCUCAUGGUGACCCUGCUCGGUAGAGUUUAUUUUUCCCGCUUUACAGAGAGGUUAAGUGACUUUCCCAGGGGCACACAGCUUGGGAAGGUGGAAUGUAAAUGAAUAUUUGACUUCAAAUCCUAGGCUCUCCCCUCCCCUGCAGUGGGUAGUAGGAACCCCUGGAGAGAUAAGCAUGCCUAGGUCCUGGUCCUGCCCCAGUGAAAUUUUUAGCAUUUUAAAACUUGUGAUAAAACAUACAUACCAUAGCAUUUGCCAUUUUAACCGUUUUAAAGUGUACAAUUCAGUGGCACUAAGUAUAUUCACAUUGUUGUGCAACCAUCACCACCAUCCAUCUCCAGAACUUUUUUAUCUUCCCAAAGUGAAAUUCUGUCCCCAUGAAACACUAACUCCUCCUUCCCUAUCUCCCCCCACCCCCUCUCAGCCCUGGCAACCGCUAUUGUAUUUUCUGGAAUAUCUCUAUGUAUGUGACUAUUCUAGUUAUGAUGUACAGGUGAAAUCAUGUAAAUAUUUGUCCUUUUGUGUCUGGCUUAUGUCUCAGCAUAAUAUUUUCAAGGUUCAUGUUGUAACAUCUAUCUGAAUUCCAUUCUGUUUUAAAGGAAAUUCUAUUCCAUUGUAUGUAUGCAUGGGCCACAUUUUUAAUCCAUUCAUAUGUCGAGGGGCACUUGGGUUGCUUUCACCUUUUGGCUAUUGUGAACAAUGCUGUUAGGAACUUGUUUGUGCAAAAUUUGAGUUUCUGCUUUCAGUUCUUUUGAGUAUACACCCAUAAAUGGAACUGCUGGACCAUAUUUUAAUUCUAUGUGUAAGUUUUUGAGGAAUCACCAUUCCCUUUUUUUUUUUUUACAGCAGCUGUAUCAUUUUUUACUCCCACCAGCAAUGCAGGGGCUUCCGAUUUCUCCACAUCCUCACCAGCACAUGUUCCCACAGGCUUUUGCUUUGGCUGCCCAAGAUGCAGAGCCUGGCAGAUGGACACUGGGGUGGGAGAAAGGCCUUACAAAAAUUCCCUGAAACCCGCGUCUCAGCAAAGCAAGGGCUGGCUAUGGAAAGGGGUCAGGACUGAUGUCCGGAGAGAGAGUUCUUUGGUCCUCGGCUUCACAGCUAGAUGCACAGGACAAGCCACUGGCUUAGGGGUGGUGGUGGUAGGGUAGUUGACACCUGACCAGGCCUGGGACUCACCCAAGGGACUAGUGUGGGACAGCUAGAAACCAGGAAGAUCCCUUUAGAUUAGGGCCAGUGAGCUGCGUGUGUGCGUGUGUGUGUCUGUGUGUGCGCCUGCAGCAGCACAUCCAGCCUCCUGCUCCAGGUGGUGGCCUCUCAGCAAGGCCUGGGAGC